UUUUCAGCCAAUCGGCGUGGGCCACGGUGAGUCUCGUCCACUGACUCUUCUGCUCGGCGCUACAGCAGCAACCGUUGUGUGUUUGUUUGCUAGCAAGAGAAUAAGUCGUGGGAGAGCCUCAAACCAUGAAAUCACAACUUUUUGGAGUGUCGUUGGGUUGCUCGCUGCUUGUGUGUAUCAGCUCCUUUUAUUCCUCCAGCGAUGAUGUCAUCGAAUUGACCCCAUCCAACUUCAAUAGCGAGGUGAUCCAAAGCGACAAUCUGUGGCUGGUGGAGUUCUAUGCUCCCUGGUGCGGACACUGUCAAAAUCUGACGCCAGACUGGAAGAAGGCAGCCACAGCCCUCAAGGGUAUUGUGAAAGUUGGUGCAGUAGACGCAGACCAGCACAAGUCUCUGGGAGGCCAAUAUGGCGUCAGAGGCUUCCCCACCAUCAAGAUCUUUGGUGCAAACAAGAACAAACCAGAGGAUUAUCAAGGUGGACGCACGAGCCAGGCUAUCGUGGACGGAGCUAUGAGCGCUCUACGCACUCUUGUCAAAGAGCGUCUCAGCGGCAAGUCUGGCAGCUCUGGGUACAACAGACAGAGUGGUGGUGACAGUGGAGGCAGCAAAAAGGACGUGGUGGAGCUCACAGACGACAACUUCAACGAGAUGGUCCUGGAGAGCAACGAAGUGUGGAUGGUGGAGUUCUUCGCCCCCUGGUGUGGACACUGCAAGAAUCUGGAGCCUGAGUGGGCAGCCGCCGCUACAGCCGUCAAGGAGCAGACCAAGGGCAUGGUUCGCCUCGGAGCUGUGGAUGCAACGGUACAUCAGGGUGUGUCCAGCCGCUAUGGGAUCCGAGGCUUUCCCACCAUUAAGAUAUUCCGCAAGGGCGAGGAGCCCGAGGACUACCAGGGAGGACGCUCCCGAAGCGACAUCAUCGCCAGGGCUCUGGAUCUGUUCUCUGAUAACGCCCCAGCUCCUGAACUAGUAGAGAUCAUCAAUGAAGACACCCUGAAGAAGACAUGUGAGGACAGUCAGCUGUGCAUCAUCUCCGUCCUGCCGCACAUUUUGGACACAGGUGCUGCUGGUAGAAACAGCUACUUGGACGUAAUGAUGAAGAUGGCGGACAAGUACAAGAAGAAGAUGUGGGGCUGGCUGUGGACCGAGGCUGGCGCUCAGAUGGAGCUUGAGGCCUCCCUGGGUAUCGGUGGCUUCGGCUACCCGGCCAUGGCCGCCAUCAACACGCGCAAGAUGAAAUUCGCUCUCCUCAGGGGCUCCUUCAGCGACACCGGUAUUCACGAGUUCCUCAGGGAGCUUUCUGUCGGUCGAGGCUCCACCGCCACGUUGGGAGGCGGAGUCAUGCCUAAAAUUCACACCGUUGAACCCUGGGAUGGUAAAGAUGGACAGCUUCCUGAGGAGGAGGACUAUGACCUUAGUGACGUGGAACUUGAUGAUGUCACCUAUGACAAAACUGAGUUAUGAGAAGAAAAAAAAAACAAUAGGGGAGGAGGGGGGACCAGGAUCCGACCCAGACUGUUAAGCUUGGAUCUGGUCUGGUCCUAUACGACCUUCACCUUCCCUUCUCCUGUGGAUGGAUGGAAGGCCCGUUCGGUCGCAGUUACUGAAAUACUCCAGAGGAGGCGCCUCAUUUCUCACGUCGUUUGUCACACAGUGGGGGGUGGGGGGCACUGUUCAUCCCCCAGUUAACUGCUGAAACAAUGGAGCAUAUUUAGAAAGGAGGGCAGGACGUUUUGAUUGUAAUCUUUCCAUUGUUCAUUUGUCUCUUUCUCAAAGCGCCUAUUUUAAAAUGUGGAUUCAAAAUACUUAAAUGUCAAACCUCCGUAUUUUUUUUUUCUGUUCUGAUUCAAUGGGUGAGUCCCUCGGUGGGUUGAGAAGACAGAAGA